AUGGUUUCUCUCAAAGCCGCCGUCUUCGUGUUUACACUGAGCCUCGGCAUUGGAAGCCACGCCACGAGCAUCGCCUCCUGGUCGAACCACACCGCCGUCCAGAUCACGAAGACUCUUCCCUCAGUGGGAUCGACCACAGUCGGAGAUGCGACUGUAACGGAUUUUCCAGCCUCCAUGGCCAACUCCGAAACUCUGUCGUCAGGUACCAGUAGUUUGCCUGCAUCCAAUUCAAGCAAUACUCAAGAGAUGGUCAGCAGCUCGAUGUCAGGAUUCACAGCGAUCUCUUCAGAGAGUGUCCUCUCCACGAGCAUUUCGAACGUUUCCGCACUCCAACAGGCGAGCGACUCGUUCUGGGGAGCGAUGGUGCCAACGUCAAGCUUUUCCAGCAUCUCCAUUCUCAUCUCCUCGGACGUCUCUCUGCUUCUGACUGCAAGUUCCUCGUCGAUGUCGGUCCCGGCGCCGACAUCCGACACGGUAUCCUCGACAGCUUCAACUGGAAGCGAUGCCUCCUCCUCCUCGGGCACGGCCAUCGAUUUUACAACCCAGCAGACUGAUAGUUCGAUCUCGGAACAAGCCACUACGUACGCCAACUCGUCCAGCGCUGUCGUGUCUUCUACCACUUCACUCGCCGAGGUAUGGACUACUGUCCCCUUGGUCAUUCCGGUGCCAAGUUCAGCGUUCAGCAACGCUGCUACUACCUUCAGCAGCAACCCAGUGCUUCAGGCCACCAGUCAGAUGCCAACCUCUGUGGAUGCUGUUGCUCCAUCAUCAGUGGCAAGCACAAUCACAAUGACGACCUUUGUCACGACUCGGACUGUUGGCUACCAAGAGACCUCCUUCGUCACAAUCACCGUCAGUACUCCACCAGCAACCGCAGUCCUGACCAAGAGAGAAGUUUGCACGGCUCCCGGUGGUCUUCUCUACGAUUGUGGUCCCGUCCCACCCAAGGCAGAACCAAUCGAGUGGUGGGCCGACAAGGAAGCCGUCGCGGAGAUUCUCGACUUCUUGGAGCACCUGUGGGCCCACAUGCCGCCGCCCGCACAGCAAGUGGCCGUAGUGCCCGCCAAAAGGGACGUGUGCACGACCAAUGGCCUCCUGUUCGACUGCGGCACCCCAACUAAGCCGACGCCAACUCCAGAUGCGGCCGCCGCAGCCGCCGCCGCUAUCAUGUCGAUCUUGCAAAAUCUGCCUCCGUCGCCGCCGAACUGA